AUGGCGAACCACUCGUUUGCCCUUCGUCUGGCCUCCUUCCUUUUCUGGUGUUUCCUUUUCAACCUUGGCCAUGCCACGGCUGCCGAAGCCGGCGUGUCUCUCGCGUCGGACGUUGCAGGCGGUCUGCUUCAUCACGACACGCGGUCCGACAAGAACAAGGUGCUUGUCGCCAGGGUGCCACCCGAGAUCAUCACCAUCGAUUCCGACAGUGACGGCGACGAUGUUUUGCCGUCGUCGGGAAGGGAUGGUGUUGUCGACAAUAAUCAUAUCGAUACUCGGCCUGGCGGUCCACCCCGUAACAUCGGAAAUCACGGUACCAUCAGCACCGAGCAUGUCGUAAGCAUCAACGACAUCGAAGAGGUUACGUCGCACAUUCGUCCCGGCCGCCUCACGAAGCUAUUUCGCAUGAAAUACGCCGAAGGCGUGAAGCGAAAACUAACCGACGCCACCUUCGAGGCCGCGCGGAUGAAAAAGGUAUCGCAGAUUGUCGUCUUGGAUGGCAAUGCGGAAAUGGUGGAGGACAUAGGGAGGUACCAGGCGCCGCCUGGUGCGGGCGAUAGGAAGUUCAAACUGGUAGCGCCGCAUGCGGGGGAAACUCCCAUCAACUUUCGUACCCGCGUGUUGAUUGGGAUUGGACAAGAUGCCACGGGAAAGGCUCCUACCGGCGUUUGGUUUGUCCAGGGGGAAGGAAAUGACCUCGUCGGUGAGUUCGUGGGCUACGUCCAGGCUUGUGAACGAGGCCAUGCUACCAGGGAGUCCGGGGAGAGGGGCAGGUCAAGAAAGGUGGACGCAGUCGUCCGAGAGAACAGGAUAGAACCCGGGACAGCCAGGAGGGUGGUUCUGUUCGAAACUGGGCAGCGUGCUGGCAAGGGAUCAUAUGGCCUAAGUGGACCCAGCUCUCAAGGGAGCAGAAAUAAUCCCAUCACCCUCCCGGAGCAAGCCGAUGGGACGGCGUCCAACAACCGGCUCCAGUCGGCGAAUCAGGGGCAGCAUGGUGCCGCCAAUGGCGGAGCAGACCAGAGCAGCUCUCGAGGGAAUAGCAACAGACCUUUGGUCCGUCCGGGGCAAGCCGAUGGGACGGAGUCCAGCAAUCGAAUCCCGGGUGCCAGCGAUGCGGAAGUCGACCAAAAAAUCCGGAAUCUCCUCUCCGCCGCUGGUGGAGUGGCUGCAGCCGAUGCUGCCUCGGAUGCUGCCGACAUUCGCCACGAACCCAUCGAGGUUACGUGGAAUCAUGUGAAGCAGGUGAGGGAUGAUAUUCGCCUCGGCGGCACCCAUACUGAAGUACAUCGCAUUACUCCGUCCAAAAACCACGGCCAACUCAUCUACACGCAAGCGAUGAUUCAAAAGCUUGCGGACUAA